UGAUUGUUAAGCAUAUUGUCUGUGGUCUCACAUCUUCCCUCCCUUUAAUCCACUCCAUGCAUCUUCAAUCAUCUACACCAGAUUUUACACACCACCCAGACCACUUGUACCAGCAUCCCAGCUGCUGUGUCAAUGAGAGCAGGGUGCAUGGUGUGUCUGUGCCGCUGUGUACACGCUGAGGGACAGAUGCUUCACCCAUAUUUACAAGGCAUGGUUUGCGGCAUAUAUCAUCUCCAAGGAAUAAUGUGGACACAACUAUAGAGCAGCACUGGAUGAUGGAACAGCACAACAUCCCUUUGACUUUCUGUCUCAGUUUGGCUGUAUUGAUGCUUCUUCAAGUCCCCUGUACUGUCUGUGAAGAAAGCCUAACACCCUGCUCUUCUGCUCCAUGUAAAUAUGACGAGCCCUGCACAUCUGUUGUAGGCUGUGCAGACUCUGAUCCCUGCCUCUCAAAUCCAUGCCCAAAGAAUGCAACGUGCCAGGUUACUCUUGAUACAGGGACCUAUGAAUGCCGCUGUCAAGCAGGAUUCAAGGGAAAAAAUUGUGAUAUUCAAAUGCGUAGAUGCCACAGGAAUCUUUGCAGACAUGGAGGACAGUGCUAUGUGGCAGAAAGAGGUUCCACCUGCUUUUGUGCUAUAGGUUAUAAGGGGACAUUCUGUGAAACUCCAGAAGACGAGUGCCUUUGGAACCCCUGCCAGAAUGGGGCUGUGUGCAGGGAAAGGGGAAAUGGACAAGCAUGUUACUGUGUUCCUGGUUUUCAAGGAGCAUUGUGUAACAUUGAGGUGGAUGAAUGUAUUUCUAAUCCCUGCCAGCAUGGAGGUACAUGCCUCAAUCAGAUUGGAAGAUAUACUUGUGUCUGUCCAUUAGAGUUUACAGGCAGAGAUUGUGAGGUGGAGUUUGAUGAGUGUUCAUCAGGCCCCUGUCUGAAUGGAGCUACCUGCCAUGACCUGCUGGGAUCUUUUUCAUGUACAUGCCCUCCUGGUUUCUCCGGAGAUCUCUGUGACAUUAGCAUAAAUGAGUGUGAGAGUUCUCCUUGCCUUAAUGGUGGACUGUGUGUUGAUAAGAGUAACGGGUUUCAAUGUAACUGCACGGUAGGAUACACUGGUACGAAAUGUGAAGUCUCUGCAUCCUUUUGCUCAUCACUGUCCUGUCAAAAUAAUGCCACAUGUAUAGAGGAUUCUGUGAGCUUCAAAUGUCUCUGCUGGCCAGGAUACACAGGUUCUCUGUGUGAGACAGAUAUUCACAUGUGCAAAAGCCAGCCAUGCAAAUUUGGAAUGGAGUGUGUGGAGUUGCCAGAGUUCAAUGUAUCUGUUACCACAGAGGAAGAACAGUUUUCUGGUUAUUUGUGCAAGUGUAAAAGGGGAUUAUCUGGUGUCCGUUGUGAUCAAGACAUUAAUGAGUGUGAGUCAAAUCCUUGUCAAAACGGAGGCACAUGUGAAAAUCUUCAUGGCACCUACACUUGUCAUUGUCCUACAAUAAAGGAUCCAAGAGGAUAUUAUUAUGGAGGAUCAGAUUGCGCAGAGAUGCUCCAUGGUUGUGAAAAACAGACAUGCCACAAUGGGGGUUCAUGUGUACCAUAUAUAAUGGAUGGCAAACACUACCACACCUGCCUUUGUCCUGCAGGAUUUGUAGGCCUUGACUGUAAGGAACAGACUACUUUCUCUUUUAAUGGUAGAACAAUUUUUCCUAUUGGGAAUAUUACUAUUCAGCCCCAAAGGGGUUCACUUUCCACUAUUUCGCUGAGCUUUUCCACGGUCCAGACAAAUGCUGUUAUUUUUAACUUUGGAACCAAGCCAGCUUCCCUGUCAUUGUAUAUAGAAAAUAGCUUUUUAAUCUUGGAUUUUCUCAAUAAUUCUCCAUGGAGCACACGUCUACAUUUGUCUCGCAGUAUCAGUGAUAAUCUUUGGCAUACUGUUGAAAUUAUAAUCUCAGACUAUAUUCAGUUUAGGUUGCUUGAACCCUCUUGUGAUGUUACAUGUGUAACCCAGUCCAGCUAUGAUGGUCCAACCAACAUUGAGUUCCAGGGAAUGUCAAUAGGAGGUAUACAACCAGUGAAGACCAAAGAAGAACACCAUAAUAACAAAGUCGAAAAACAGCCCUGGCUUGUAGGCUGCUUAAGGGAUAUUAAAGUAGGCUCCACUGUUAUUACAGAAGAAGUUGGAAAAUCAGUUGGUGUUGUUGUUGGCUGCAAGCGAAGAGACUACUGUGAGAACCAACCUUGUGAAAACAGGGGGAAAUGCAUUAAUCUAUGGAUCAACUACUACUGUGAUUGCUAUAGGCCUUAUAGAGGGACUAACUGCUCCAUAGAAUAUGAAGCUGCGGAGUUUGGGCAUGGAAAGGUAUCCUCAUAUGCCAUUUUCCACUCUCUGAAUAAACAUAUGGAUGACAUCAUCUUAUCAGCAUUUGUAAGAGCAGAACACGAUUCCGGUUUGUUGUUUGCUUUUGGAAAUUCCACAUCUUAUGACAUCACAGUGUUUAUUGAAGAUGGUAAAUUAAAAGCAAAAGCUAAAAGUGGCAUUAUUUCGAAAGGAGAAAUUCAUAUUAAUGACUUCCAUUUUCACUUGGUUUCUUUGAAGCUAACAAAAGACAAUCUUGAAGUUUAUACUUCAUCAACAUCACUAGCUCAAAUAUCUAUAACCAUUAAGAGACAACAGGCCAUAAGUACACUUUGUGUGGGAGGAUUGGUGGACCCUCUAGAAACUGUUCUAAAUGGAGGAUACUUUAAAGGCUGUAUUCAAGAUAUGAGGAUUGAUGACAAACCUCUGGAGUUCUUCCCUAGUUCUAAGUCAUAUGAAGACCCAUUUCUGAACAAUGUGACAAAGGGGUGUAAAAACAAUUGCACUGCAGCAAGAGAAAGAUGUGAUGAGGAUUGGUGCCAGCUCACCCAGUGUGCUCUUGGAUCUGUAUGUCAGCCUGUGCCCAGUGGAUAUGAGUGCAUUUCCAGUGCAUUUCUCAGCGGGGAAGGCAAUGGCGUCAUAUUUAGGAGUAAUGGGAAGAUUACAAGGGACCUGACCAACCUGACAAUUGGUUUUCGCACUCUGAAGUCUGACUCUGUGCUGCUGCAUGCAAACAGAGAGCCAGAAACAAUCACAAUUAGUAUCCAGGACAGAAAGGUGCAUUUCUACCUACAAAGCGGAAAUAGCCUUAGUGCAGUAAGUUUGAUGAGUGUGGGAUCAGUGAGCGACAGCCAGUGGCACAAUGUUUCCUUAUCAAUGGUUGCUCCCAGAUUACAGUCCUCCAUAUGGCAGAUGGAAAUAGAUGGAAAGCCAGAGACGAUCAGUUCACAUGCCACAGGAAAUCUAAACUUUCUAAAGGAGGACACAGAGAUUUACAUGGGUGUCAUCAACAAUGGCUCAAACAGGAAUUUUACUGGAUGUCUCGGCACAGUAUUAAUAGAAGGAAUACAUUUACCAUACUUUGCAGAUUCAGAUUACUUGGUAAUUAAACCACAAAAGGAACAGUUUGUGAAAAUCUCCCCUGAGAGUGUUGUCAUAGGAUGCCUACAGACUGACCCCUGUGCCUCUCAACCCUGCAUGUAUGGAGGCAGCUGUAAUGAUGUCUUCACCCAUCCAGUAUGCACUUGUCCUAUAUGGAAGACCGGAGCAUUCUGUGAAGCCAACAUCACCGAGUGCCUAUCCAACCCCUGUGUGCGUGGCAACUGCAGUGUUGUCCACAAUGGCUAUAAAUGUGAGUGUGAGGAUGGUUACUCCGGAACCAACUGUGACAUCAAUAGCUGUCAUAACCAUCUGUGUAGAAGUGGUGCCACCUGCAUUCCAAGAACAGCAGGAUACUUUUGCCUUUGCCCAGCAAACUUUACAGGAUCGAACUGCAGAUUAAACAGAAUGCCAUCAACUUUCUGUGGAGAUGAGAAGAAAAAUAUCACCUGCUAUAACUACAGUAACUGCACUGAGGUGAAUGGGUUGCUCGGGUGCUCCUGUCUACCAGGAUUUGUGGGAGAAAGGUGUGAGGUUGACUAUGAUGAGUGCAAGUCGAAUCCUUGUCUCAAUGGAGGACUCUGCCAGAACCUGCUCAAUGAAUUCCACUGCAUCUGCGACUUGAAUUAUGCUGGGAAGCGCUGCGAGAUCGAUUUGUCAGAUUUCCUGCCUCCAGGAGUUUUUACUGCUGUGGCAUCCGUGGUUCUAGCACUCUUUUUCACUGUGUGUGCUGGUCUGUGCAUAUUCAUUGCUGUGGCUAGCAUGAGAUCAAACCAAGGAACCUACAGCCCCAGCAGACAGGAGAAAGAAGGAUCACGAGUAGAGAUGUGGAACAUUGUUCAGCCACCUCCCCUGGAGAGACUCAUCUGAUGAAGACUCACUUUUCCAGCAUCCUUAGUGCAGCUCUAGAUAGAACUACCAGCCCAGCUGCGGAAUACUCCAUAAAAAAAGAUAUUACUGAGACUUUCUACUAUGGCUGUGGACAUCAUCCUACCACCAAAUAUUGCACUCCUAAAUCAGCUGUAAAACAAAAGGACUAUUGAUUCAAGUAUUGCUAAAGCUACAGCAUAGACCUAAAUGACUGUUGUGUGAGAUUCCUUCACUUUCCCAUUAGCUAACUGGGGAAAUAGGGAUCAGAUGAAAACUGUGUGCAAUCUCUUAUGCAUUUCUGAAAUGAGCAGAAAAGUCACCUUUGCAUAGGGAUUCCAAACAGACACUGAUAACAGGGUGAUUGGAUCAAGCCUUCAUAUCCAGCCACCUUCUAGUAUCUAUGGUUUAUUUUGAGUUUUACUUACUUACAAUAGCAUAUUUGAGUUAACAAAUAUGUAGCAACAAUAACAGAGAUCAUCCAAUUUGCUGGACAUUGUGGCCUGAUGCCUGAGAUGUCAGUUCAAAUUGUUCAUAAAAAGCAGGAACAAUUCUUUCAUAGACAAGCCUUUCACAGAAGGAAAACACAGAUAUGCCUUGU